GCGGGGACGUGACGUGCUCAGCGGAGGAGGCCAGCCAUUGGCCGAGUGGAGUGUCAUUCCCGCGCGCUGCUGCAGAUGGACAGGCCACUCGAUGAAUAUGGAUGAGAGCAGUGAAAAGGGUGAUGCGGCAGGGAAGACCCCCCCUCCUCCUCCUCCUUCACACCGAUGCAGGCUCGAACAAUGCGUGCCGUCUUUCACUGAAAACACUGAGAGCCUGCAUUAGCAUUUUCGCAGACAAUUGAAGCUGCGGCCAGCUGCUGGCAUGGCUCGGACGCUGCGGUGAAAUCCCUUCUUCCGCACCCACCGAUGAAACAGUGGAAAAAGGUCGACUGGCCGCAUUCCUCAACACUACGGUUGCACCUAUGCCCAGGCUGAUGUUAAGAUCCCCUUUAGAGAUUGCGCCCCGGCAUUGAUGGCGAUCUGACACAGGACGUGAGAAGCAGCAGAUCUCAGAAUGGAGGAGGGUGAGUACUUCCUGAAGGUGCUGAUCCCCAGCUAUGCAGCCGGCUCUAUAAUUGGCAAGGGCGGACAGACCAUUGUACAACUACAGAAAGAGACGGGUGCCACCAUUAAGCUGUCCAAAUCCAAAGACUUCUACCCAGGAACAACAGAGCGUGUCUGUCUGAUACAGGGUACAGUCGAAGCUCUCAAUGGUGUCCACAACUUCAUUGCUGAGAAAGUCCGUGAGAUGCCUCAGAGUGCCCAGAAGCCGGAACCAGUCAGCAUACUGCAGCCACAGACCACGGUCAAUCCUGAUCGUAUCAAACAGGCCAAAUUGAUCGUGCCCAACAGCACAGCUGGGCUGAUUAUUGGCAAGGGAGGCGCCACAGUCAAAGCAGUGAUGGAGCAGUCAGGGGCUUGGGUGCAGCUCUCCCAGAAGCCGGAGGGCAUCAACCUGCAGGAGCGAGUGGUAACAAUCAGUGGUGAGCCUGAACAGAACCGCAAGGCAGUGGAGAUCAUAGUACAAAAAAUCCAGGAGGACCCUCAGAGCAGCAGCUGCCUCAACAUCAGUUACUCCAACGUCUCUGGCCCAGUCGCUAACUCCAACCCCACUGGAUCCCCCUACGCUAACACAGCCGAGGUGCUGCCCAAUGCAGCUGCAGCAGCUGCAACUGCCUCCAGCCUUCUGGGUCAGGCCGGCUUGACGGGAAUGGGUGCCUUCCCUGCUGCCAUGUCGAGCUUCUCUGGCAACGACCUGCUGGCCAUCACAUCAGCCCUCAACACACUGGCCAGCUAUGGUUACAACACCAACACCUUGGGCCUGGGCCUUAACCCCGCAGCUGCCUCUGGUGUCCUUGCUGCAGUAGCAGCUAGUGCUAACCCGGCUGCAGCCGCUGCAGCUAACCUCCUAGCCUCCUAUGCUAGCGAUGCCUCCGGCAGCGCUGGCCACCCUGCAAGCGGCCUUGGUGGGUUCUCCCUAGGUUCUCUUGCAGCUGCUACAGGGGCUUCCAAUGGGUACCUAAACGCUUCAUCCCCACUGAUGGCCUCUUCCCUAUUAGCAACAGAGAAGCUUGCAGACGGAGCCAAGGACGUGGUUGAAAUUGCUGUACCUGAGAAUCUGGUUGGUGCCAUUUUGGGGAAAGGAGGCAAAACGCUGGUCGAAUACCAGGAGCUAACAGGAGCCCGCAUCCAGAUCUCCAAAAAGGGAGAGUUCAUUCCUGGUACUCGGAACCGUAAAGUUACCAUAACAGGGUCGCCAGCCGCUACGCAAGCAGCGCAGUAUCUGAUCAGCCAGCGGAUCACCUACGAGCAGGGCGUGCGAGCUACCAACCCGCAAAAAGUGGGUUAAAAAGAAAGAAAGGAGGAAGAAAGAAAGGAUGAGGACAGAGCUAGAGGGGAAUUCUAAAGGGUCAAAAUGAGGAAAAAAGAGAAAUGUCCAAAUAUUUAAUAUUUCAGAAUCAAAUGAGAGGAUUACAAAGGAGGAGGAGGGGGAGACACCGAAGACAAAGCGUGUGUGAUAUUUGAAUGUUUUGGGACUGACGUCCUGAUGUUUUUUAAAAGUUUGUGUCGAGUCCUUUUUGAUGAAGGGUGUCAGAGUAAGAUGAACUGGUCCACUGCCAAGCUGCAGAUUCAAGGGGUGAGGCCACAUGGUUUCUCCUUCCUCUAAAACCUCAUAGAUGAGUUUUGUUUUUAUUGUUGUUUUUCAUUUUUGCUUAGUUGAAUAGUUUUGAUGUAAGUUGCAGACCUCAGCUCCCGGUGAGUUGAAUGUGUCCGGUGGGGUUCCAGCUCUUUGUACACAAUGUGCAAGGCGAUGUUAAAGGGGUGGGUGGGGGAUUCGGGGGGGUGGCGUUUAAAACCAAGCACGUGAAAUCACCUCAGUUUAUGGGAAGCAAAUCAUUUCCUUAAAGAAACCAUACACAUGUUGACAUUUUUUUAAAUCUUAUAUAUAAUUGAAGUUUCAAAAUUUGGGUAUUUUAUAUUUUUAGCCAUUAUUUAUUGAUAUGAUCUGAUUCAAUUACAAAUAGAGUAUUUAAACCUGCCAAUGCAGGUUGAUCUGAAUGUAAAAAGAUUAGCCUAUUGAUAUUUUUUAUUUACAGUGAUCAAAUGUUGUCUCGCAGUGAAAGAAAUGUACAAAUCAAGCCCAGUCGGAACUUCACAGUCGUAGUCCGAGAGGAUCCUCCUGGGGUUCAGUAAUCCAUGUGAGAGGGUAGAGGAGACACACAGGAAUGUAUAAAUAUAUUUAACAUGAACACACAUAACUAACGCGCCUACAAAUGCACAAACAUAUUCAUUCAUUGCGACAAACACUCCAAAAGAAAUAAAACAACAACCUUUCUUGGUGCUACAGGAUUAGAUGUAAACGUCCCCGUUAGAAAACUCACACUUGAUUUAAAAAGGCUGACUUAUCAUAGAGCAAUUAGUAGUAGGGGUGGGCGAUACUGCAAAUUUUGCUAUCGAUCCGAUACCAUAUAAAUACAGGUCCAGUAUUGCUGAUACCAAUACUGAUAUUAGUUUCUUCUUUUAAUUGAAAUUUUUCAGGAUCAUUGACUGAUUUUGUCUUUAAUGUGUUGAUCAUGAUUACAAUCAAACAAAGAUUUUAGGCGAACAAAAUAAAGUAUUUUUAAUCUACAAACUCAUUUCUGAACAAUUUAACAUUAUAGAAAUAAAACAGUCCACAAAAUAAUCCUUUUAUUUAUUGCAUACAAUUGUUUGAGCAAAAUAAGUCAAGAAAAGCCAAAACUGCCAUUUUCUCCCAUUCAAAUCCUUCCAAGCCCUCCUGUGUCCAAGAACUUAUUUCCCAAGUUCCCAACAAUCUAACAAUACAGCGGCUCCCUGUUUAUUCAUGAGACACAGGCAAACUUGCAACUUGCUUGAGGAGGAGUUCUCCAUAUUCAGUGAAUCAACUUGAUAGGAGCUCAUCAAUCCAAAUGCCUUCCUGUAAUUGUACAAAACAGGCUAUGCGGGUCGACAUGGACGCUUACACCUUAAAUAUACUUGCAAAACAAUACUACUUUAUGCUAAUUUAUAACCCGCAAAGCAUGCUGGGAAGCCCGCACUCACACUUCCCCAACAGGGAGUUACCCAGCGUGCCUUACUGUGAGCGAUGGAGGUGUUUGGUUUGAUGACCUCCAGUUGGUUUGUGUUAGUGUCGGAAUUUUCAUGCAUGUCUUAAUGACUCGCUUUUUGCCUUUUGCUGGUGGUUGUACUUGCAAAACAACACUACUUUAUGCUAAUUUAUAGCCCGCAAGGCAUGCUGGGUAGGCCACACUCGCACUUCCCCAGGAGUUACCCAGCGUGCCUUACCAUGAGCGAGGGAGGCGUUUGGUUUGAUGACCUCCUAUUGGUUUGUGUUAGUGUCAAAAUAGUUCACAUUUUUCAUGCGCGUCUCAACGACUGAGUUUUCACCAUUUGCGGGCGGUUAAACUUGCAAAACAAUAUGACUUUAUGCUCAUUUAUAACCUGCAAGGCAUGCUGGGUAGGCCACACUCACACUUCCCCAACAGGGAGUUAGUUACCCAGCGUGCCUUACCAUGAACGAGGGAGGCGUUUGGCUUGAUGACCUCCUUUGGUUUGUGUUAGUGUCAAAAAUAUUUCACUUUUUUGUUUGCGGGUGGUCUGAGAAUGCAUCCCCCCAAUAGUGGGGCUCUACUGUAUAUCAAUAUAACAAUAUCAACAAAAAACACAUCGAUCCGCCCACCCCAAAUUAGUAGCCUGGAAGAUGUGAUCUACGCUCUCACAUGAAGAAAUACGCGUCAGCAUUUCAAUCCAGUUUUAAGGUCUCAAGCCAACCCUUAAUUCCUUCAAAAUAAUUAGCUACAUUCACUGACAAAGGUUUGCCGAUGUAUCCCGAUAUUAACAUAAAUUUCGAUUUAUCUUCCGAGACAUUUGCCAAAAAGAAAAAACAAAAAAAAAGCUGUAAUAACCAGGAUCUGUGAACAAACAAAACCUGCCUUGACACAAGGGUACCAAAUACUCAAGAGACAUCCUCUAAAGAAAGGGAAAUAGACUGACACUUGAAAAGAAGCCUUGGUCACAGUUUCUCUGUGAGCCAUCCUUCUGCAUUUAUAUCAAGACACAAAAAAGAUUUGUUCAGUUCAUCCAGGCAGCCUUUUAUCCAUCCCAAAACAUGUGACUCAUCACUAACUUUGGGAGGAGCGUACAAUAAAGCAUCAGAACUAAUAUAUUGCAAUCACUGUCUUUCGUGGAUAAUAGUUGUUCUCAUGUAGGGAGGCAAACUAUUUAGAGCAUUUCCAAGCACUCCAAGAGUACCUUGGCCUCCCUGUGUGCUGCUACCCAUUGUGUUCAUUUGAGUACACUACGAAGACUGCACUGUGAGACAUUAAGAACACAAUGCAAGGCUUGUCUGUCACAAAGUGGGGCGUGAGUCAAGUCUGACAACAGCCACAAAGGAACAUCCCCAUCAGCGCACCUUCCAGCUUCUCACCUCAGCACUAAAUUACCAGAGGAUGUGUUCCGAUCAACACAUGUCAAGUGUGCCGUGUAUUCGAUCACAAUCAAUACGUCAUAAUUUCAACAGUCCCUGUCAACCAAAAAAAGCUCUGUGAUCAGCUUUCUGAAGACACGGGCUGUGAGGGUCGGUGCUGAGUGGUAUCCAAGAAAAUCUGAAGCAUUUGUGUUUUGUUUUUUUGUUGUUUUUUUUUGUCUUUUGUCCCUGCAAUUUUCAUGAUAGUUCAUAGCGUUUUUAAAAGUCAAGGGAUUUUCUGUGUGAACAUUUUUGUGCGGCAGUCGUCACGGUGAGCCUCUCUUCCUUUUUGGCUACAAAGUCAUCCAUUACCAAUCUGGCUACUCGUGAAAUAGUUGUCUAAUAGAACAUUUUACUGCCCAAUGUUUUAGCUAAUAAGAUACAAGCACAAAAAAGGGGGUGUUUAUCAAUGCAACUGGACUGCUUGAUUGCAGGGAGCUCUUCCCAAACCUCUCUGAUCAAAACAUAGUGCCAAAUAUUAUUAUCUCUCUGCACCUCAUUAACUUUCCUCUUUCUCUCGACACCUUAUUCCCCACCCCUCCAACCUGCAUAUUGUCCUUUGUCAUCCUUCUUAGGGUGCGUUCACACGUUGUACUCUGGUCCAGACCAAAAACGUUUGGGGAAAAAUUGCGUAUUUUUGAUCAAAAAAUGUUUUUUUAAAUGUAUUUUUUUUCCGCAGAAAGCACAUCUCAUUCACCAUAAAUUGGUAAUAAUCUAUGACUCAGUGAUAAUACAGGUAAAGCGUACAGCAUACAUAUACAGCUUUUAGAAAGACCAUCAUUUCUUCACCGACAAUGAUUUUUCGUCAAGCGUUGAGAAUUCGGACUUUGUUCAGCGGUCCUUGGUCGCACCAUAGUGUGCUGUGAGAUACAAAAGUUUGUCUGGCUGUGGAAGCACCAUCUUCGACUGUCAAUCCGACCUCAAAACCCGCGGCGAGGCGAACACAAGGUAAUAUACGAUCCUAAAUCGUUAGUGAAAUUACAACAAGAAAGCGGUGUGGAUGAUGUGCACAUGGCUUGGAGAAGCGCCUUCUAAGCACUAGCCUGACAACCAGGCUAAAGGCAUCAUCUUAGAUGAUCAUCCAUUAGUGCUGAGUACCUACACCUUUUAUACUUCAAAUGUGUGAGUGUGUGUGAGGCCUAUUUGGAGCUUAAACCUGGAUUGUGUCACGGGUGAACAAUGGCAAUUGGAGAGAGACGGGGAGUGUUCUUGAGCUGAAUCUAAUCUAAUAAUUACAACUGUCACUUUUAUUGCAAAUGUUGAUUUGAGGACGACGUCAUGCUAGAAAAGUCUACGGGUGAAUCAGUUACUCGUGGUUUUUCGCCAUUCGCGCGUGUCCCAGACGUAACCCCCGUGAAAAGCAAGGCCGUGCUGUACUUGAGUGUUUGUCAGCGACCAAACAAUGCUGAGUAAAGCAUAUGCAUAAAGUCGUGCGUCGAUCGGACCGCGUGUGUGACAUGUACAUCCAAAACGUGUUGUCUUCCGGGUUGCAUACGCUUGUGGGACUUUUGUUUCCGUGGUGGACUUUUUACCAGCGAAGAUGUAACAAAGAGGAUGUAAAUUAUAGUGGAACCCAUUGAAGUCUAAGUCGACCCAGUCCUGGUCCAUCGCGUUCUUCUUAUAGAUCACAUGUAUCAAUGGAGGGCUGAUACUCUGCAGGUUUAAUCUACAACCAGUUUCUCCAGCAGGUGAUUUAAUUGAUGAGCUCCUUCCCUCAAAUUGAAGGUGUUGAUCAUUAAAGUCACCCGCUUUAGUGACCAGCUGGAAAGAAAACCCGCGGUGUGUCGGCCCUCCAUGGUACGAGUUUGACGCCUGCUUAUAGAGGGUCAACAUCAAAUUUAAGACCCCAAAGGGGGAAUUUCUAUGAAAAAUAGGUUUGUUUAUGUCAACCUAAGUUAUGGUAUUGUUAACUUCAUCAUUAGCGGAUCAUUAGCAGAUUUGUGGUUACGUCGAAGCCAAUAAAAACAAAGGAAGAACGGUGUGAGGAGCCUUCAAAGCUUUGGCAUAGUACCAAAAGACCUUUCUUCUUUUGCGGUAGGGUUCUCGGCCGUUCUUUCAUCCCCUUUCUACAACUAAAAAAAUGCAGCCAAUUCGAUUUUGCACAAAUGGAGGAAAGCGAUGUCAUCAAACAUUUACUUUAUUCUCACCCAUUCUCCUCAUGUCUCUGGCCAAAGCCACUUGGAAAUGCGUAGCAGCGACUUUCUGUGGUCGCUAUGAGUCAGCCAAUCUGAGGGACGUCGAGAAAUGGGUUCCGCAAAAAGUUUCCCCAACUUCCUCCAUUAUACACAUAGAUGGAGAUGUGCUGCUAGGAGGUAACUUGAGUGAACUUGUUGGAAAGAUCCAGGAAUUUACGCUUCUGGGCUUACAUUUAUCUGUUAUUUUUUGGUGAUUUUCUGUUGAUUCUGACUAACCAUCGCCUGGUUUCAGUCGCAUUUGGUCACAACCGGUGUUUCGGUGCGUCGCUGCGGUUGGCGUUUACACUUGCACUCAAGCGACCAGACUCCCCCAACACGUAGACCGAGACCGGUGUUGGUCUGCGUUCACACGCGACCAAAUGACGCGCCAAGUGUGAACGCACCCUUAGGUUCCACCUGCGCAGUACAUUGUGCUCUCUCCCCUUCUUUCUCCUGUCUCGUCUUCUCACGGGCGGCGUCGGGCGUGGCAGUUAUGCGCCGGGUCGUAAGGGUAUGAAAAUAUUUUGCCACGCUGCAGUUCGCAAGACUAAAAAUGCACAGUAAAAAAAACAAAAAAAAACAACAACAACAAAAAAAAAAAACCUGCCUCCAAAACUGUGACACCCACUCCGAGACCAACCAGCAAUGUUAACUCAAAGUGUUCCAUUCAGUCAACGACAAGAACCGGCACGAUUUGAAAGGGUUUACACCACAAACUGUGGUCUUUGAGAGAAGACGUUUGUUUGUUUUCCAAAAGUAGGCAGAUAUGGGUUGAACAAAUAUUCAUAUUUGGGCUGAACAGAGCCUCUAGGCAAAGCAAGCAAAAUUCAAGGUAUGUUGGAGACUUGUUUGUGACCUCAAGCUGAAACAAUGACAUCCUUUAUGCAUAUCCUCUUAUCUGAAAAUGACUCAUUUCUGUGGAAUACAAUAUGUCCCGUCAUAUGAUCUAUAUGUACUUUAUUGUAGCUAUUCUAGUUUGUAGUCUAAAUGCAGUCCGGCGUUGUCGAUACAAUGUGAACUAUGUUAUACUUGUGUGGAUGAUGAGAGUGCCAACUAAGCCUGAUUAAGAUUAGCUUUGCAGUUUGUUUGUGCAUUACGAUGACUCAUCAAACAGUGGCGUCCACAUUUCUGUCACUGAUGAUUUAGUUUGACAGUAAGAAAAUGUAAAGAAUAUUGGAAGCAAUAUAGUAGCAUGUUGUCCUGUUUUGUGUUUUAUGUCUGUUGUAUGAACUUUUGAAGUUACUCCAAUUUGGAAUGAAUAGGUUUACAUGUACUUUUUUUUUGUAAGUUAUGAAGAUGCUGCUAUUUGAUAAGUAAACUAUACAAAAAUAUUUUAGUCGAAAAGAUGUCUGGUCAGUUGAUUAGAAAACACGGGCAUACAAAGAGGUGUAUAGAAUACCACAGUACUGGUAAGGUAGUCGACUCCGUAGUACAACCUGUGCCAAACUAGACCUCUGCAGCUUCUGAAAUUGUAGAUGUGCGAUCAAUUGUUAGAUAUCAAUAACUUGUUUAGAAGUGCUGAUCAAGUGCCAACCAAACACUGUCUUUUUAAGUUAAGAAAAGAUAAUCAAAUACAUUACGUAAGAAAACAAAAGGACAAGAAACUGUCUGUGCAUUGUUUUAUCCCAUAGGUACAUAGAAUACGAGUAAAAGAUUGUGAUUUUUAUGGAUCCAUGUUGUUUUACACUCCAUGCAUCCCUUGUGUGUUUGUUUGACCUGUGGCUUAAGUACUGCUGUUUUCUCACAAAUGUCUCUAUAGGCCAGCAUGGACUAAGCAUAACAUGUUAUACGCAUUCAUAACAUAGUCAUUAACAAUCAAAAAUGUGUUUGUGGAGUUAGGUGUUAUCUUUUUGCACGUCUUCUAAUGCAUGGUAUCAAAAGAAAACCUUUGGAGGAGAAAAAAAAACAAAAAAAAAAAACAAAAAUUUGCGAGGCGACUCGUAACGUUCAGAGACAUAACACUGCAUGCGGUCAAAUGUAAAAGCGCUUACGUUUACUCGCCUCAUGUUUAUCCAGUUGUGUUUUAAUGCUGUUGAGUUGGAAGGGAGUUCAUUAUUGUCAUGUUGGCCCAAAAAUGGCACUGACACAGCACCCAUGUCUCAGAAACGAUAUCUGGAUUUGUAGGUACUAGGGGUGCAGCGGUACGCCACUGUCACGGUUCGGUUCAUUUCGGGUACAGUCAGGAAGCAAAAUGCAAAACAUCAAAGUGCUUCGCUUUUAUGUAAACGCCGUAAAUGACCUCUUGAUGCUAAACUAUCACAUCCACAUCCUGGGUUUGUGUCACGCUGACCAAGCAAACUAGUAUAACUCCAAGUAACAUCUCAUUAAUCAUGAAUUUAUUCUAUUUUUAGCAUAUGCCGAAAUGGCACCCGGGCACCCCUGCACUAGCCCGUUGGGUUUGUCUGCCCAUCCCUCUCCUGGCCUGCAUUCACACGAUCAUUUGUUUCUUUGUCCCGUGACUUCUUCUCUGCAUUUUUUUUUACUGCAGCUUCUCUAACUUUGUGGAUUAUUUCCAGACUCAUUUUGAGUCAUGUUUUAUUAUUUCUAGGUGGAAGAUGUCAUGAAUUACUUGCAAGAGUAGCGAUCGCAUUAAUUAAACCACGCGUCUUUAUCAUGCACAGGAAUGUAAUCGCAGGUGAUCGAGCAUGCUGUGGGUUUGACUUUUGGAUUAUUUUGAGUCUUUCUAUUUUAUUUCUAUUAUUAAUUGUGUACGACGUCAUUGGGGUUGCAACUAACAAUUAUUUUCUCAGUCGAUUAACCUGAGGCUUGUUGUUUUGAUUAAUCAAGUCAUCCGCUAUAACAGUUUGUGGUUUGGUCCGCAACUUACCGUCGAUCUGCGUUGUCCCAAAGUCAACACUGAUGUGUGUGAAUAUCUCGUUUUGCCUAAAACACAAAGAUCAUAGGUCUGCUUUCAGGGAUGACUGAGGAAAUUAAGAAAUAUUCACAUUUGAGAGGCGGAAAUCAGAGGAUAUUUACAUUUAAAAAUGACCAAAAAAACGAUUAAUCGAAUACCAAAAUAGAUCAAUUAAUUAAUCAUCAAUUUAUCCGCCGCACAUUGGCCUAGUGAUUAGCAUGCUGGCCACACAGUCAGGAGAUGUGGAAGAUCAGGGUUCGCAUCUCCGUUUGGGAAGUUUGCAUUAACUUCGGAAGAGGGUUUUCAUGCUCUGGCUUCUCCUUGGCACUGUCGCUCGCCAUGAGUCCCGCUAUUUGGUUACCGAGCAGACGUGUGACACCAUAAACGCUUCCUGUCCCUCACUUCAUGUGUACCGUGUGUGAAAUCCGUACGCAUCUGCACCGAACCGAAUGUUCCGUACCGAAAAAUCCGAUUUCCGAGUACAUGUACCGUUACACCCCUAGUAGGUACAGUGAGAACUUUUUAAAAAUAUGUGAAACAAGCAAACGUGAAAAUGUAAUUCAGUACACUGGCUUCUUGUUCUGUCCUGUUUUUUUUAAGGAUAUUAAGACAUUUACAGUAUAUUUGUUUAACAACCAGGUUGAACCUCAUGUUACCUGUCCUAAAAUGUUUAGGUUUUUUUUAAAUGUCACAGCUUGAAAGCCUAGAUCUAAUCUAUGAAUGUACACAUUACUGUUUUAACCCGUCUUUAAUGUCAAAUCAGGGCAGGAAUGUCACAAACAUGUAGAGUUAAUAUCUAUGUCAAUAACAGAUUUCCGAUAUAGUCAGGUAGGCCGUGCACGGCCAUUAUCAUGAACCAGACAUGUUUAACCCAAGUUCCAGUUCACUCUCACCAUGAUCUUGUUUGUUUGCUGUUGCAUAAUUGCACUUUACCAAUAAUUGGGUCAUAAUAAGGUGUGAGACGAAGCAAACCAUGUUGACUUGUGACGGCUUUUCUUGGUUGUUCUUUUGUUCUGAUGUCAUUUGUGUUCCUUUGUUUUGGUAAUCCUGUCGGGCGAACGACGGAAAGGGCUGGCGUCUCAGACAAAACGGAGAAGUAGCGCCUGUUUCUUCCCUCAAAUUGCGUUCUCCUUCACAUUCCCUUCAGCAGAAGUUUGUGUCAAUCACCGAGUGCUUUGCGUUUAAACGAGGAACGGUGUUUUACUGUGUUUUGCAAAUUCAGAAAAAGGCGCAUCAUCACUCCGAUAUUUCUCUCUGGGGGCUGAAGCCGCUAAGGGAUGCGGGUCUGAGAGGCUUCAUCAGCACCAGCAAAAACCUGAUAUUCCCCUGUCACCUCAAGAUGACAUGAAUAAUAUUACUAUCUCAUUCUCUUAGGCUACCAGCCCCCCGCCUCGUCAUUGCAUUCACUUCCGUAUGUGAACGCCAAAUGGAUUACUGUAUCAUUCCAAAAGUAGAUUCGGUCCACACGUGUUCUGGACAACCAUCAACCGCCGUGGAGCCCUUUCACGAGAAGGCUACAGACUGCUUGCUCCACUCUGAAAACCUCCUAUGGAAUCGUAAACAGCCUUCAUGACUCCGCCGUUUGUCUUUCAGUCCAACGAUACCGUGUUCACCCUUUAAACGGAUCAAAGUAUUUCAGAGAGCGUUCUCAUCUGAGAAAAGAAGAUUCUCGCCAAACAACCGUUUUGGGGUUUUUUUGUUUUUUUUUUUGUCUUUGACCCUCCUAACCUCCCAUGAACUUGUUGACUUCUUCAUCCUCAAGAACUCACGUAUACGUUGGAUAUGCUACGCCACUUUUGUAUGUCAAACUGCAAAGAAUGUCGUUUGUUUUCCGGUGCAGGCUUGCGCACGCCGAAGGACGCGUGCCAGCAACAUUGGACAGUGGAACCCGUUUUAAGUCGACGCCGUUCACGUCGACAGCCCAUCGAUGUCGGCCGACUCAAGUCCCAGUCGACAUUUCAGCGAAAAAUGGGGCCGCUUUUGACUAGUCUCGUUACACGGCAUCGAAACGUGCACACUGUGACUUCCUGUUCAGUGCAAAGUAAGCUUCAAAAUAAAGGCAGGGCAGCGGUAACCUGGAUUUUAUCGCAGCAACUAACAAAAUGCACCCGUUUGCAUUUUUUUUUAAAAUAGAUUUUGCUUUAUUGUCAUUGUAGUUGAGACAUACAGUCGCCCCUCGCAAUUUCAUGGUUCGAUAAUCGCUCUCUCGCUAUAUCGCGGUGUCUCACGAUGGUCUGACUGGCGACCAGUCGAGGGUGUACCCUGCCUCGGAUAGGCUCCAGCAUACCCCCGCGACCCUAGUGAGGAAAAGUGGCAUAGAAAAUGGAUGGAUGGCUGGACUAUGGUCUAUUAUCAGUCAAAACAUCUUGAAAUACAAGUGAUAUGUCGUAUUCCGGUCACUAGGGGGCAGUAAUGACACAAAGCAUUGCUUACAUGACAUGACUUCAAAACUGCAUGAAGCCAGUCUGCCAUGGCUCACAUUCUAUGUGGAAGCGGUCAGUUUUUGGCUUCUUAACGUUAGAAGAAAUAAAUUUGCGGCUAAGCGGGUAGCUCGCUUGCUUACUAGCUUGUUAGCCUGCUAGCUUGCGGUUUUCCCUGCAGCAUAAUGCGCAAUGUGAUGUAAACAAUGAAUAACAGGACUGUAAAGGUGUCUACAGGCGUGUUAUUUCAUGUCUGCAGGGCUCUAAUCAUGUUCAAAACUCUAUUUACAAAGUCAGACUCUAUUUUAGAAAGUCAAAGUUCAUUGGUUGCGGUCUGGAACCAAUUAACCGUUAUAAACGAGGGACGACUGUACAACGAAAUUAGCGCAGCAGCUCAGGCAGAGGAAAGUACAGAGUUCCCUCGUUUACCGCGGGGGAUGGGUUCCCAAAAUAACCCGCAAUAAGUGAAAUCCGCUAAGAAGCCAACUUUAUUGUUUGCAAUACACUUUAUACACGUUUCUCAGACAGGCGUUAACAUUUUCUCAUAUUUCUCUCUUGUUUAAACACAAAUUUGAAUUUGGACACAAGAAAUCAUUAAGUGGCUCACCGUAUUCACUCCUCUGACGUGCCUCGUCCUGGCAACGUUCGGCUGUAGCAUUUCCGUAUCCUUGUUAAAACAUAUUGCGCCUGUUGAAGUAUUUCCCUCGUAGUCCUCCAUGAACCGAAGAUUCGUUUACGGUAUUCCAUAAUGGCGGCCUAGCGAUCGUACAAAUGUGAUCGCUAGCAAACAGGAAACACGGGAGUGGUGGGCGAAGGAGAUUGGCUGUAGACCAUUGUCAGUCAAUCAGAACGCAGAACACAAUGGGCGGGUUCUCCCGUAGCCAAUCAGGACUGUUGUGGCUGGCUACACACAUGACAAACUGGACAUGGACAUGGGUAUACAACACCCUCUACUGGUAGUAAUAGUAAAUACAAUAACAGACACAUAAAACAGAGCACCAAUAGGUCGCUUUAAUACACCACAAGGAGGCAGAACACAAUGCGCGUUUAUACGCCGUUAAAAAAAAUAUAUGCAAAAUUGCACUUUAAAAAACCCGCGAAACAGCGAAAGGUGAACCGCGAUGUAGCGAGGGAACACUGGAUAUCAUCAGAAAUGAGCAAAAAUUCUCCUUAUGUCUCUGGCAAAAAUCACAAGUAAAUACACAAGCAAUGGCUAGUUUGGGUUUGGCUAUGUCGACAACCGCUUACGGCGACGUGAGCCAACCAGUCUGAGGGGCGUCGACUUAAACAGGUUCCACUGUACCUUUUCUUUCUUUUUUUCAAUGUUUUUUUUUUUUUGACAUGACAUUGUUUACAUCUUAGAGAAAAAAAAUGGACUGACAGCAUACAUGCUAGUAAUUCCGUUGGAAACAAAGUGAUGUUUUGUUGAUUGGACGAUUUCUCCCGCACGCCAGCGGCAACGAAUCAGAGAACACCCAUAGCGUCAACAACACGAAGGGCUUUUGGUGGCCGAAUGUACAUAUCACCUGGGAUGACGAGUGGGGUCGCAAAUGUUAAGGACAAUGCCUUGUAGUGCCAUUGUAGAAAAUGUGUGAACGAUUUUUAUGGCAAUUUGUUUUUGUCAAGAUGAGUGCCAAAUAAUUCUAUACUGAGCCAAAAGGCCGCGAGCCUGCAUAGUUCAAUGUUAGUUUACCGAAAUGGUGAAUGGAUCCAUUCCUCUCGACAAACAUCACCCUAAUUUGAAGUCAUGAGAGUCACUGUUAUGCUGCCAGUCUGUUUUCUUGCGAUAUAUUUUAUAGAUGCUGAACUGUUGACAAUAAGACAGUUACUAAGCUGGGAGAAAGAGAGGAUUUUAAAAGUGUCAUUGUUUUAUUAUGAGUUUAUUUGAGCGUUAUCCAUGAAUAGAUUUAACGGUAAUGACUAUUUAAUGUAACUGUAGUACUGUGUUUGUAAAAGAAAUUCAGUGAGUUGUGUUUUAUGACUCGUGGACUACCAGUGAAGUCAGCAUUUCAGUGUUAAUAAUUGAAUUGUUUUUUAAAGAUUAUUUUUGCGACGGCAACAGAGUCAUUAUAAAUGUUCAUUUUAACAUCA